CGCGCUUAUCCAGUUAUCUUAUAUUUGUCAGCGAUAAAGAGAAUACUAGCUAAAAGAAUCAAAAGGUGUAUACUGUCGAGAAUGUACGUUCAUAACUAGUGUUCACGUUUUGAUAUCAAUUUAUACAGUGAUUUUCGCGAAAAGAAUUAAAACGUAUAUUUUUAAGCGUAAAAUUUGGAAUAUCCAGCUGAUAAAAUAAAUUUUUAAGCGAUGGUUGCCAAAACUUCUGGACCUCAAUUAGAGCAACGAAUUCAGUGUAUAAAAUUUAUUAUUUUUUGCUUGAAUGCCAUCAUAUGGUUACUUGGGAGCUCAAUGUUUGGAUUAUGCAUGUGGUUAAGAUUGGAUCCAAAUUUCCAAGAGUGGGUGAAUUUCCUCGAGAUAUAUGAAUUUUACAUCGGCAUUUAUAUCUUACUCGCGGCUUCGAUAUUCAUUGUAAUUAUCACAUUCAUUGGCUGUGGAGUUGCUCUUAUGGAACAUAUUCUUGGUCUCUACAUUUAUGCAGGAUUGCAAUUAUUUUCCUUUAUCCUCGGCUUGGUAGGAACCGCAAUCCUCCUCGAUUAUUCAACUUACGACAGUAAAAUUCAACCUCUUAUACGACGAUCUAUGACAUCUCUCAUUAAUAAUUACCAAGAUCCAAAAGCAACGUACAUUCUACAAUUAAUUCAAGAAAGCAUCGGUUGUUGCGGUGCCGAUGGCCCGAUGGAUUAUUUAACUUUGAAAAAACCACUUCCCACUGAGUGUAGGAACACCGUUACUGGAAAUGCUUUCUUUUACGGAUGCGUCGAGGAAAUUUCAUGGUUUUUGGAAGGUAGAUCGGGUUGGCUGGCUGGUUUAGCAUUGGCUCUGUGCAUGCUCCAUAUAAUAAUAACAGCCCUUACUCUAACAUUGGUCCGAGCUAUUAAAAAGGAAGAACAAUAUAUCACAUUUAAACGUUAAUUUAUAUUAAUUUAAUGGCAAUUUUCAUUCUCAUUACACAUCACGUCUCAUAAUAACGUUUUUAUUAAUGAUAAAGUAAGAUAUUCACCAAGUGAAUGGAAAUCUAUAAAAAAA